GAAAUACACCCAAAUCAAGCAUCUUUUAAAGCAUCAGAAUGUGUGGUAUAUGGGCCUUGUUUGGUAGUGAUGAGUGCCUCGCAUCUCAGUGCACCAAUGCCAUGAAGAUCGCCCAUCGGGGUCCAGAUGCUUUCCGCUUCGAGAAUGUCAAUGGAUUCACCAACUGCUGCUUUGGGUUUCACCGCCUUGCUAUUGUGGACCAGCUGUAUGGCAUGCAGCCUCUGCGUGUCAAGAAGUUUCCCUACCUCUGGUUGUGUUACAACGGUGAGAUCUACAACCACGUCACGCUGAAGGAGCACUUUGAGUUUGAGCAUCAGACCAAAGUGGAUGGAGAGAUCCUUCUGCACCUGUACGAUCGCUUUGGAAUCGAGAAGAUGGCAUCUCUGCUAGACGGCGUGUUCGCAUUCAUCCUGUUGGACACUGCUAACAGAAAGGUUUUCUUGGGGAGGGACACCUACGGUGUGAGACCACUGUUCAGACUGCUCACCGACGAUGGCUUUCUAGCAGUCAGUUCUGAGGCCAAAGGUUUGACAGAGAUCACACACUCCAUGUCCACCCCUGCAGAGAUCACCCCCUUCCCCCCUGGACACUUUGAGAUGUUUGACUUGAAGCCCACUGGAAAAGUGAAGUCUCUUCAGAUGGAUCGCUUCCACUGCUGCACAGAUGAACCUAAACAUGCCUCCUAUAACAACCUUCAGGGCCUUGGCACAGAUAAGAUCAAAAUGGCGGCACGUAUGCGGACAGCUGGGCUUGGAAAGUUUCAGCACGGCAUUAGACCAAACGCAUCGAGCCAACACGCUAUUUACGAAGCUCUGCUAAACAAAGGCCAAGCUACCCUGCCAAAUCAUACAGGUAUCCGAAGGAAAGUAAAAUCAAGACGGCCCUACCAGGAUAUCCUUUUGCUGUUGACAAUCCUUCUCUUGGCUGGAGAUGUCGAGCCUAACCCUGGUCCGUACGGAUCCGGUGUUGGUGACACCGGCCUUUCCAUAGAUGCACAUGGCUGUCGCCUUGGACCUGCCCUGGACUACAGGCGAGACAACGGCAGCGAUCGGGGUCGGAACGUGGGAGGAGGCCGAAGAUCAUGCGGGUGCUCGUGGAUGGCAUCGAUGGACAUCAUGCUGCAAUCUUCCAUGGACGCGCUGAAUCCAUGUGUGGUCUCCGGUUUGGAUUCCAGUUUACACGGAGCGACACGCGAGGAACACUCCAAAACUUUGACGCACGCCAGCGGUGAGCUUUCAUCACUCAUGCCACCGAUGCUGGGGAUCUCUAAACCGAAACAUCUCAUGCCUCUUACUGAUUUCACUGGCCAGAACAGCUAA